GCGUAUUAACCUAGCAUCUAAAACUUGCCCGAUUCACAUUUCUCCCAAGCAAAUCACGCAGCAGCCAUUAUCGCAUCUUCAGCCAGAGGACCCGUCGACCCCCUGAGCAGCAGCACGUCGCGCCAGCACCACCACCGCAUCGCGCGCCUGUGAGCCGCCGCACCACUGCAUUUCGUGCUCGUGAGCUGCAUCUCGUGCUCGUGCGCACCUCUGCAUCGACCGUUCGUUUUGCCGCCCACCUCUGCAUCGCGCUCCUCUGCAUUGCGUUACAAGCAGAGCCAGUUCAACGGAAAAGGUUUAUGGGCAAAAAUUCAAAGCCCUACACUGUUCCUCUAUAUAUUUGAGGUUACUCUUCUUCAGGACAGUGGCGAUGAGAGCAUUUACUCAUCCGAUAUCUGUUUCAGAGCAGUUCCCUAAAUCAAGUCGAAUACUCCCUUUUCACCAACACCAGCAAUCGAUAAUGGCAGCAUCUUGUGUUAAUAUGAGACCUCGGACCUUUACCUUAUCUCAUCAUGGGAAACAGAGAACUGGUACUCUACUGAGAUGGAGGUCUUCUAUGACAAUAGUGUCCAUGUCAACCAACAAAAUUGACAUUCCAAUCAUGGUAAAUGGCUCGAAUGGAAAAAUGGGGAAAGCUGUUAUUAAGGCAGCAGACUCUGCUGGACUCCAGAUUCUUCCUGUAUCAUUUGGCUCACCAGAUGAGUCUGGGCAGACCAUUCAAGUUUGUGGAAAAGAUAUUAAGAUACAUGGUCCUUCUGAAAGAGAAGGUGUUCUUGCAUCUGUCUUUGAUGAACAUCCAGACCUAAUUGUGGUGGAUUACACUGUUCCUGCGGCAGUAAACGAUAAUGCGGAUCUUUAUAGCAAAGUUGGAGUGCCCUUUGUUAUGGGAACUACUGGUGGAGACAGGGAACGAUUAUAUAAGACUGUAGAGGAUUCAAAGAUUUAUGCUGUGAUCUCCCCGCAGAUGGGGAAGCAGGUGGUUGCAUUUCUUGCAGCCAUGGAGAUUAUGGCUGAGCAAUUUCCUGGAGCUUUUUCUGGGUAUUCUCUUCAGGUGUUGGAGUCCCAUCAAGCUGGGAAGUUGGACACAUCUGGAACUGCCAAGGCUGUUAUUUCUUGCUUCCAGAAAUUGGGUGUCUCUUUUGACAUGGACGAGAUACAAAUGAUCCGGGAUCCCAAGCAACAAAUUGAGAUGGUGGGUGUUCCAGAGGAGCAUUUGUCUGGCCAUGCAUUCCAUAUGUAUCAUCUCACAUCACCUGAUCAAACAGUUUCUUUUGAGUUUCAACAUAACGUUUGUGGUAGAUCUAUUUAUGCAGAGGGUACUGUUGAUGCCGUUAUUUUCCUUGCUAAGAAGAUUCAGUCAAAGGCAGACAAGCGGAUAUAUAAUAUGAUCGAUGUCUUGCGGGAGGGCAAGAUGAGAUAAAAAUUGAACUAAUGGCUCCAUAUUUACAUCUAGUUUCAAUUUUCUCAAAUUUUCAUCCGCGUUUUUGUUAACCACGCAAUGGAGUGGAAUUGAUGCAGUUCGUCGAAGAAGUUCGCAGAAGAUGGAUUGGCUCAAGAC